AUGAUGGAAGAAGCCAGUUGCAUCCCCGGAUACAGAAGCAUAAACGCGCAGCUUCUGUACAGGCCGCAAGAAGACUACGCUUUCGUUAAUGAUAUAAAAGCUAGGCCGUUCUUCUACAAUCCAUACUUCCGCAAAGAACCAGAGGGCCCAUAUGUCAAGGAGUAUCACGAGAAGUAUCCGAUGGGCGAACCGCCAAACGGGUGCGUGUUCUCCCCCCUUACUAUGGCGCAGCAAACAAUGAACAGACAGUGCAACCCGUUUGUGUCCUACCCGUACGGAGUUCCCCGAGAUCCCCCAUAUGAGAAGUGCUCCAAGUGUAAAGGGAACAAGAAAAGUAAAAAAGAGAAACGGGAAAAAAAGGAGAAAAGCCGCCAUCAAAUUGGUCAUCACAAUGAUCAUCAAAGUGGCUCAUUCGCUUCGAAAUUGAGCUCCCCCAUUGAUUACAACCAGCCGCAUAAUGAAGAGAACCAUUUUGAUCAGACUAGGGACCACCCCGCGGUUCAUUAUCCACAGGAGGGAAGCAGCCAAGGUGGGGAUUCACCUUACAGCUCGUUCGAAAUGACCACUGCGCACAACUUGGAAGGCUCAUACCCGCGUGCCAAUGGUGGAGAAAGCGCAUGUGACGAAUUGGAGAGUCCAAUAAGGAACUGCGCCGAGUACGUCCAUGUGGACAAGCCUGACUACCACUACAGCUACAAUGAAAAGGCAAAUAAAAAUUCGCAAGAGGGGCUACAAAAGGUAGACGGAAAUUUUGUUCAGCACAGGAGUGAUCCUCACCUGAGCGACGAUGGCGAACACCCCUCUGAGCAAAAAGUCACUUUUGAUGUGAAAGGGGAAGAUCAAUUCAGCACGAUGUUUGCAGAUUCCGAUGAGGAGAGAUCAAGUCCCCAUAAUGCGGAAGCGCAGAACGAAGUCGAGGGUAUCUUAAGCCAGUACAUAAACGAUAUUAAAAAGAAGGGGCCGAAUGGUAGGAAGCAUCAAAGCAAGGGGAGCACAAGUGGGGAUGAUCCGUGCGACACACCUGUACGAAUCAAAAGGGACGCCGAAGAUUUGCACGACAACGAAAUGGUGGCCGUGAAAAUGAGCGCGCAGGAGAAGGGGAAAACACCCAAAACGUCGGACGCACGACCAGGUGACGGCGCAAAGCGAGAUAAGCAUGACAAGCACGACAAGCAGCCCGUCAAACAGGUCAAAAUUUGCGAAGAUGAAAAUGUGUGGAAUAAGUAUAGCGUCACUGAGAGCUGCAAAAAGGGGGACGCUUCGAAUGAGCGUUUGAAAGUGGAAGGCUCCUCGGGGAGAGGUGCCCACGAUUCGCGCAGUUUGCAUAAUUCCCGCAGUCCGCGCAGUGCGCACAUUCCGCAUAGCCCCCGCAGUCCGCACAGCUUGCUCAGUCAGCGCGAUACCGAAAGGGGGAAAACGUCGGAUCAUCACGGCAGAGCCUGCAAACAAGCCACUCCAAAGAACGAAGCAGCGAAGAGGGAGGUCAUACAGGCAAGACAUAAACGAGAAACUGCUAACGUUCCACAAAUGUCAACAUCAAAUGAGGAAGACAAAUGGGGUGCCAUUUCUGCGAAAAAAAGUGCACCGAAACACAGGAGGGGGGGAUACUACCCACAUAAGGACAUUAUGCCACCAAAAAGGAAAACUGAGAAGAAAGAAUUAACUUAUAAAAGCUCCAAAAUAGCAAUUGGGAGAACCAAAUCGUUGAGGUUUAGAAGAGGUACCGUCACUUUCCCCACCAAAAAUAUUAACUUCCCACAUAGGAAAAAAAGCAUUCUAAGCAAACAAAAAUCGAUGGUCGAAACGAAGCUCAAAAAGCAAAACACGGUAGCCCUGAAGAGGAGAAAAACCAUGUCUAGGCUAAGUUCUAUGAAGAACCCACCUUACACCAUCGUCUUAAACAAAAAGAAGGUGAUCAAUACGCAUAAAGGGAUACACCCGUUGGAGAACAAGAAAGAUAAAACGAGUGGUACUACUACCCCUUUUGGCGCGAGGAAAAUGCUCGCCAGGUCAAAGACCAAGGUCCUCCUCAUUGAUAAUGAAACGAAAAUAUUUAAAAAGGAAAAUGUGAAAAUGGUUUCAACGAACCCAUUUAACCCAGUCGCAUCUUCUGUGGAAAGUUCCAGGCGUAAGGAGCCACAAAAUGAGAAAGAGAAAAGGGAAACAGACACGACCGGAAGUGGCAAAAGAGAGAGUGCACACCUGAGCGCUAAUGCGGAUAAAAAAAAACCCUACCAGGGCUCCGUUAGAAGUAAGCUGAAAUCGAAAAAGGAGGAAAUGUUCCAGAAGAUUAUAUCCUUGACGAAAAACAUGAAGGAGAAGCCGCUGAAGAAGAAGUACAACGACCAGAUUGACCCCCGCGAUUUGCUGUCGGUCACGUCUAACAAUAGCAGCGCAGCGGCGGACGAUGAUUUGUAG